GUUUCAUGAAUAGGUGAAAAUGAGAGUUGGUUUGUUUCUUCCCCCUUCCCACCCAGUUCUGUGGUUAUAAUAGGGUCAAAAUUUGGAGGAAAAUUACGGAAAUUUUAAUCAUAGUAGACGCAACGGUUGAGUUGUUUUAUAAUUCUGUUGCCCCCGGAACAAUUCUAACAAUCCACAUGUAUGUGGGACUUGGAAAUACCAAGUUUGAUUUACAGGGUAUUGAGGUGCGUCCGUUGGUCCGUUGUUGAGCUAUUAGGGUAGGUAAUUCCUACAUUUGUAAGUGGAGUUACUUUGGGUCAUACUCAUUGUAUGAUCGCCGAUGGUGAAUGUUUCACGCUGUGUGAUUUUACCUGCAAUUUGAUUUUUUUUUAAAAUCGAGACGAUCCAAGGUGUCCUCUAAAUAGUAGACUGUGCAACGACAUUUUAGAGGUAUGUGAAAUGGAGAGACUGAUAAGGAUUUUCCCUGUUUUCGCCUCAGUCAUGGCGAUUUUUGUAAGACUGUGUUACUGUAAAGAGAAUAUUCAGUUGAAUAUGAAUUUACAUAAUCAUUUACUAAACACUUCUAGAUAUAACCCCAGCAUCAUACCUAUCUGUGAAACAGGUGAACGCGUAGUUGUUAAAAUUGGAAUGGCAUUGAGAGACAUUGUGGAAAUGGGAGAAAAACAACAACUGAUACGCCUCAAAGUAUGGGUGCGUUUAAAAUGGACGGACUGCAUGCUGAAAUGGGACCCAUCACAAUUUCAAAACCAGACUGACUUGAUGGUACCCUAUUCCCAAAUCUGGAUUCCAGAUAUAACUUUAUAUGAGGGAGUUAGCGAUGAAGGGAACAUGCCCGAUAUGGAAGAUUACAGAGCCAGUAUUAGUCAUACAGGAAAUGUAACGUACAAUUUUCCAAGUAUUGUGACUAUCGUCUGCAAAAUCAACGUGGCGUAUUUUCCUUUUGAUCAUCAAGUGUGUCAUUUAAAAUUCGGUUCCUGGAUUUACUCGGGAAAGUAUAUCGACCUGGAAAAGACUGGAGAAGAAGUUGAUGUUUCUAGUUUUUUGACACAUAAUGAGUGGGACGUAGUAGAGACUGCCGCCGUUAGACACGCUUUAUAUUACGGCUGCUGCCCUGACCCGUAUCCUGAUAUAACCUUUCAUAUUCAUAUCAGAAGAAAACCUUUAUUCUAUGUGAUAACCAUCAUUUUCCCAUGUUUCCUUAUUAAUGUGUUAACGUUCAUGGGUUUCGUGUUGCCGCCAUUUUCGGGAGAAAAGAUUUCCUUGCAGAUAACCGUUCUGCUCUCUAUCACUGUGUUUCUUUUGCUUGUGCAAGACAAAUUGCCGUCUUCGUCGGAAAACUUCCCCUUCCUUGCCACUUAUUUUGCAUUUUGCAUGGGACUUGUGUGCAUUUCGUGUAUUUUGUCCAGUAUUGUGUUAUACGUUUACUACAGAACGCCCGAGGACCAUCAUAUCUCUCCGUUCAUUCGCUUCAUCUUUCUUGAAAAACUUCGAAAGAUAAUGUGUGUUAAAUCUGAGAAAGUUUUGAAUAAUGACGAGGUUGUUCAAAUCACAAACAUCCGUUGCUUGGAGACGGACCAGUGUAUUCCACAACAGAAAUGUGUGGAGAUACACAAGGGGAGAAAAUCUCGCAAGGAUGCAAAACUCUCAACUUCUAAGAAAAGCCAAAUUCCCAAUUUUUCACCUGAAAGAAAAAAUCAAUUGCAUGAUCAGGACCGUGGAACACGCCACAUCGCCAAUGAAUGGGAACUCUUUGCUUACGUUUUGGAUCGAUUCUUUAUGUUACUUUAUCUGUGUCUGUCUUUGGCAAACAGUAUUGUUUUCAUUUCAAUAAUGAACAACUAUGACGGCAAUGAUGUACCACUGGAUUGAAUCUAUUCAAAAGACGUUUUAUUCAUUAGUUGUUAAAUUUGUAAUAUUUUAUAUAAUGCAUCUGCUCGAUGACAUUUUAAAUGAAAUUAAUUUUAUUUGUGGGGAAAGACUUGCUUGUUUUUCUCUCACCGAAACUCAUACCAUGUACAUGUAAUCCUAUGUGGGCUAUUUAUGGGAUCCAUGAAAUGGUUUAUAAUGUAUGUUACUGUACCUCCGAGACGACUACAUGUAUAAGCCCUGUGUGUAGUCCUUAAAACAAAUGUAGACAAUAUAAGGGAUUGUUUUGAUUAAAAUCAAAUACAAUCAA